AUGGACCUCCAAGACGACGAUAUCUUUCUUCACCUCUCGCACCGGCCACGCCACAUUCUCAACGGUGUAAUCUCAGUUGACGAGUCGACGGAGCUUGCAUCUACAACUAUCCAGCGCGACUCAUUGCUAGGACGGCUUGACAAGCUACCUCUCGAAGUUCUGCACGAGUUCCUUUCAUACUUGGACCUCCAGUCCCUAUGGCGCCUAUCUCGCGUCUUCUUACGCGGCAAAGCUGUUGUUGAAUUUCUUCAUGAAUACAGAAAGCUCGCCAAAUUUGCGGCCCAUACCUUUAAGAUCCUAAAGCAGGCGAGGAUCGUUGGCCUUUACUCUGUUUCUACACUUUAUGCAGCCUUCUAUUCCAAGCGGUGCAUAUCAUGCGGCGCAUAUGGAGCAUUCCUAUUUCUGCUCUCUGCUAAGCGGUGCUGCUUUGCAUGCCUCGUAGAUAACCAGUCUCUCUGGAUGAUCUUAUUACUGUUAGUUAGGGAAUGUUUUGGCCUCACAAAGCAGCAAGUGAAGGCGCUACCCGUUAUGUGGAGUAUUCCUGGAAAGCUUAGCAGCGUAAAAGCCGCAAAAGAACUAGCUCUGAAGGUGCAUCGGUUACUUGAGGAAUUGGCCACAAUUUACCCCUUGGACUCCUGGAACCUUCCAACUCAUAAGAUGGACAAAUUUAUAUGGUAUCGGCAAGCGCCUUUGGACCUACUUUCGCAGGACCCUCUUACAAUACCCGAUGCGAACAUUAGACCCCUUGAUGAAUUCUGCGGUAUGGGUUCUAUACCCUUUCCAUCACUGCUUAGUGGUAGAGGUAGCACUGAGCCAGAGCAGGGACUCUGGUGCCGAGGAUGUGAAUUUACCUAUAAGGAGUGUGCAAUUGAAGAGAUGGAUUACAUCACGUUAUCGCGUUUAGUGCCCCCCUAUUACCGGGCUUGGUCGAAAGCAGACUUUCUCCAGCAUGCGAAGCACUGUCAUUCGGCAGCUGCGGUCAUUUCCCAGAAAUGGAUAGGCUCGACGUAACAUACAUAGAUUGAUAGAUUGAAUCGCAAUAUUUCAUAUUCGGUGGCCUUAUUUACUUCUUUUUCUUCUUGGUCUGAAAUCCCUAUUGCGUAGCCGCACCUGGAUGAAGUGUAGACUUUUAGGCUGUUUGCGACGAAAUACAGCAAACUGAUUAUUGCACGGCUAUCGAAUCGUAGUGCUCCAGCUGCGGCGAGAAUUG